UCUUGUUUUGCUAAUAUGGCUAAAGUUCGCUAGCUAGCUAACCAACAACUGUAACGAUGUAUUGAGAGACAACAAGUGGUCAUUGUGCAAAUUGAUUUAUGUUUUCAAUAAAAAUUGUAAAUGAAAUAUAGUUUACAUUUUGUCAACAAUCUAAGCCAACCACGUCAGUUUUUCCCCAUAGUUGCGCACGUUUCGGUUUUGUUGCUAAACAACCAACCCCUCUAUGGAGCCAAUGCGUUCCCAGGAUAUACACAUAGGAUUACAUGCUACCCAGACCGCACGCCCAAAUUGAUUUUGUCCCCCAACACCAGACUGGACCAGGACACGCAGACUGGCCCUGACGGCAAGGUUGACUGGUCACUAGGGUCCAUGCAUUCCAACUGCAAAGGACUCUGGGAGAGUUGCAGAGAACCCAGUUUCAAUCAGGAGCAACUGUAGCUGCUGUGAGGUAUCCAUGGGGACCAGGAGGGUGCUGGUGACAGGCUGUUCCUCUGGGAUCGGGUUGGCUGUGGCUGUACGACUGGCCAAGGAGAGGGGAUUCAAAGUGGUUGCCACCAUGAGGGACCUAGGAAAGCGGGAGCCCCUGGAGAGAGCGGCUGGGGACACCCUGAACAGAUCCCUGGAGAUCAGACAGCUGGAUGCCUGCUGUGAAGACUCCAUCAGAGAGUGUGUGGACAGCCUGCAAGACAGACGGGUGGAUGUACUCGUGAGUAAUGCAGGUGUAGGCAUGAUUGGGCCGUUGGAGUGCCAAAGUGUGUCUGAAAUGCAGGAGCUCUUCGACACCAACUUCUUUGGCUUGGUGCGGCUGGUGAAGGAGGUCUUGCCUGAUAUGAAGCAACGUCAAAGCGGACAUAUUGUGGUGAUGAGCAGCGUCUUGGGCAUUCAGGGGCUACUCUUCAAUGAUGUCUACUCUGCUUCAAAGUUUGCUGUGGAGGGGUUCUGUGAGAGUCUAGCAGUACAAGCCAUGAAGUUCAAUGUGAAGAUGACUCUAGUGGAGCCUGGUCCGGUGGGGACAGAGUUUGAGAGGAAGGUGUACGAGGACGCUGAGAAGAUGGACCUCGCGGGGGCAGACGAGGAGACUGCUAGGAUCUUCCGUGAGAUCUACCUGCCCUACUCUAGGAAGGUGUUCAACACCCUCUCACAGACACCUGAGGAAAUAGCAGAGCAAACACUUCAACUGAUCACAGCGAAGGAGCCUCCGUUUCGCCACCAGACCAACCGUGUGUACAUGCCCAUGACUGCCCUGAAGCACGCAGACCCUACCGGUCGUCUACCCCUGGACACCUUCUAUAAGAUGCUCUUCAAGCACGACAGUCUAUUCACUGCCAGUCUGGGGCUGCUGCGCAUGUUGCAGAAGAGGACGGGGAAGAGCUCUAAUUAAGCAGAAGGUUGGAGAAACAGAUUGAAUAACCUGGUGAGGAGAGAGAGGGGAUAGAGAGAGCAGAAGGUGUGAGUCAUUGAGUGACUCUCCAGUCUGCAGUGCACAAGCCCCCUUCUCUUCUCUGCUAGUCAUGUUGGUGUAGACACAACAAAAGAGUACUGUUGAGACCUUCCUGAUAGAUCCUUAGUAAAAGAUCCACACCUCAGACAAGAGCCCUUCCUUAUGAACAUUCAUAACCACUCCUUAGACUAUCAAUGACUGUGUUCAACAAAGAUGAGACUUUGACAAGUUAAGGGCUGUGGGGUUUGUGGGCCUCUAAUCAAACCCAGUAACCUAGCCAUUUGGAUGAAGAGCUCGAUUCAAUCCGUAGCACUGAAGAUCCGUGCUACAGCACAAUUAAAAUGUAAAGGUAAUUUCCGAUUGAGCCGACAUAUGUAAUGUUACUGUGCCACUAGAGAUCCUGGUUCGAAU